UGGGGCGGAGACACCUUGUGACCGACGGCAUCCAGCACUGCUUGUGGACGAGAGGGAUCGAGGCUGCCUUUUUCCCCCACACACAGCGCAAACGUCGAAUGAGUGACAAUUAACGAGAUAACGUCACAAGAAGUAACUUUUUUUAUUAUUUUAAAAUCAGUUCGGAUAGACCUCGUCUGUUCGCGCGUGUGCACGCUGUUCGUGACUGGAGGGACGUGCCAGCGGCAGCCUGUGCAGUUGUCCCAGGUUGUGAACGCGCUCCCUUGCAGGCGGGCACCUUGCGCGCCCGAACGGCGUUAUUCCGCCGCGGCUCGGACUACUGCGCGGCCCCGCUGGACACUCGCUUGGCUUUCAUUGACCAGGAUGAACUGGAGAAACUGAGGCAGGCGAACAGCAGUGCCGCAUCUCAAGUGUUGUGCCUCUGGUAUUUGCAUGGGUCUUUCUCCUCAACCCCGAGAUCUCCCCCCGGUGGACUGAUCAAACGAGUCGACUAUAACGCAGCUACUUUCCUGGGUGCGCUUGUGGUCUGACGGAACUCACAGACAUCAAAGCUCUCCGUCCCUCUUGCUGUCUCAUCCUUCUGCUUCUCUCAGAGUGGGGGAUGUCUCUUUUCUAACACCUCUGAGCCCACUUAUCUACUAGAUUUGUACAACUGCGUCUCAGCGCUGGACAUGGAGGACUACGAUGUUCGCUCGGCCGCCAGCAUCCUGGCCUCGGUGAAAGAGCAGGAGGAGCGCUUCGAGCAGCUGACCCGGGCCCUCGAGGAGGAGCGUCGCCACGUCACGCUGCAGCUGGAGCGCUCCGCCGCUCCUCCCAACCCGCCCGGCAGCCAGCCGCCGGCGUGGCAGCAGGUGGCGAUGCAGGAGCAGAGCCCCAGCAACGCCACAUCCCUGGCUAUGAUGCAGGAGCCACAGGAGGUGGUGGAGGAGACGGUCACCAUAGAGGAGGACCCCGGCACCCCCACCUCCCACGUCUCCGUGGUCACCUCUGAUGACGGCACCACGCGGCGCACAGAAACCAAGGAUAUCUCAUCUAACGUGAAGGUGACAAAGAUGGUGAAGACGGUGACCACACGGACGGUGCGCCAGGUGCCCCUGGGGCCCGACGGGCUGCCCCUGCCGGAGGGCUCGUCCCCGCUGGGCAGCUACACCGACUCCAUCGACCGGCGCUACGUGAAGAACGGGGGCGACCGCUUCAUCACCCCUCAAGCCACCUCCACCCUGACGCGCUCCUACAACAACUCCUACAACGACUCGUACGGCGAGGCGCCCGAGAGCCAGUACGUCCGCCACUACGGCCUGCACGACGGCUACGUGGACCUGAGCGACAGCUACGGCAGCCUGUCCCGCGGCGUCAACUUCCGGCCGCCGCGCUACCCCUACCUGCCCAACAGCUACCGCCCGGAGAACAGCUACACGCUGCCCAUCCGCAAGGACGACUACGGCCACGUGGCCCAGCCGCAAGUGCCCAUGGGCAUCAGCGCCGCCGACCUGAACCGCUCGCAGCCGGAGCGCUUCCAGGCCGAGCCGUACGGCUUGGAGGACGACCGCCGCAGCCUGGGCCCCGAGGAGGAGGAGCCGUACGAGCUGGAGCCCGACUACUCCACCGCCAGCCGCCGCACCCUGCAGGGCGCCAACCGGGGUCGCACCCACCGGGAGCCUCUCCGCGACGUGCCCCGGGUCAGAGGGUACCCGGACGAAGCCAUCGAGGCGGAGCUGAUCGAUGAGCGCCACCCUUACAUCCACGGCAUGUAUUCGGCGCCGCUGGCCCAGCCGGAGAGGGGGAGCAUGGCCAGUCUGGACCGCAUGGGCGGCCGGCGCUCGCCGUCCAUCGACAGCAUCCGCAAGGACCCGCGCUGGCGCGACCCGGACCUCCCCGAGGUCAUCGCCAUGCUGGGCCACCCCAUCGACCCGGUCAAGUCCAACGCCGCCGCUUACCUGCAGCACCUGUGCUACGAGAACGACAAGAUCAAGAAGGACGUGCGUCAGCUGAAGGGGAUUCCGGUCCUGGUGGGGCUUCUGGACCACCCCAAGUCAGAGGUCCACCGCAAGGCCUGCGGGGCCCUGCGCAACAUCUCCUACGGCAAGGACAACGACAACAAGGUGGCCAUCAAGGUCUGCGACGGCAUCCCGGCCCUCGUCCGCCUGCUGAGGAAGACCAAUGACAUGGAAGUCCGAGAGCUCAUCACCGGAACCUUGUGGAAUCUGUCGUCCUACGAACCCCUGAAGAUGGUGAUCAUCAACCACGGCUUGCAGACCCUGACCAACGAGGUUAUUAUUCCGCAUUCGGGUUGGGAGCACGAGCCCAACGAGGAUUCAAAGCCCCGCGACGCCGAGUGGACCACCGUCUUUAAGAACACCUCCGGCUGCCUCAGGAACGUGAGCUCGGACGGGGCGGAGGCUCGCCGCAGACUGAGGGAAUGCGAGGGACUGGUGGACGCCUUGCUGCACGCUCUACAAUCCGCUGUAGGGAAGAAAGACAUGGACAACAAGUCUGUGGAGAACUGCGUUUGCAUCAUGCGGAACUUGUCCUACCACGUCCACAAAGAGGUGCCGGGGGCCGAAAGGUUCACGGACCCCUCGGCGCUGCACGCUCCUGGCUCCGCAGGACCCCAGAGGAAGAAAAAGGACGACGCCGGCUGCUUCGGGGGAAAGAAGGCCAAAGAGGAAUGGUUUAAUCAAGGUCGGAAGAACGGGGAGAAUGACAAAAACUACGACACGCUGGAUCUUCCCAAGCGCUCAGAGCCGUCAAAAGGCUUUGAGCUGCUGUAUCAGCCCGAAGUCGUGAGGCUCUACCUAUCUCUGCUGACGGAGAGCCAGAACUACAACACCCUGGAGGCCGCCGCCGGGGCUCUGCAGAACCUCAGCGCCGGACAGUGGACCUGGUCCAACUACAUUCGAGCCACGGUGCGUAAGGAGAAGGGUCUUCCCAUCCUGGUGGAGCUGCUGCGCUCCGACUCCGACAAGGUGGUCCGAGCCGUGUCCAUCGCCCUGCGCAAUCUGUCCAUCGACCGCCGCAACAAGGACCUGAUCGGGAGCUAUGCCAUGCGGGACCUGGUGAGCAACCUGCCAAGCGGCCAGCAGCGGCCCGCCAAGAACCUGGAGGAGGACACCGUGGUCGCCAUCCUCAACACAAUCCACGAGAUCGUGACGGACAGCUCUGAGAACGCCCGCUCCCUCGCCCAGGCUCAGGCCAUUGAGAAGUUGGUUGCCAUCAACAGGACUAGCCAAUCGGCUCGCGAAACCAAGGCGGCGUCCCACGUGCUGCAGACGGUCUGGAGUUACAAGGAGCUGAGGAACGCUUUGACCAAGGACGGCUGGAACAAAAGCCACUUCCAGACCACGAUGGCUACCACCCCUAAAGCAACCAAGAACGGCAAGCCAGGCUACGACGACACCACCCUGCCCCUGAUGGAGAAGAACCAAGAUGGUUACUCCACCAUUGACCAGAGGGACAAGGACUGCAAAUACAAGACGGCAGACGGCCCGGUGGACCAGACGGAACGGGAGCCAUUAAAGGUACAGGCACAGAAUGACACAAAUAGGAAGCACUAUAUCAGGACUAACAGGCCUGCAGUCAGUCUGGUGGACGCUUGUGAUGUCAAGCCGCAGCCUGUUGACUCCUGGGUCUAGAUGCAUGCAUGGCCUAAAGUAAAGACACCCCAGCUAGAGAAGGAUUUCUCAUAUCAUCACUGCCAUUUCAAGUGGAGCUCAUCUUUGGAGUUGGACUUUGUACAGAAAAGAGGAUUUAAAGAGAACAAAAAUGAUGAGGACAGCAACUACUCAGCAGCAGUCAAGAUUUUCAUGCUUUUCAGAAAAAUGAAAAAAAGAAUAAAAAGUGACUAUUCCUAAUACUUUCUCAAAUCUACAUUCCCACUGGACUUCAUGUGAAUCUAACAGUGUUGAGGAGACCUGGUGACCAGGAGCGGAUAAAGGGCCGGUGCUGGUGAAGGACUGGGCGGAUGAAGGGCGAAAAAAGUGAGGCGGAGGAAAUCAAUGGAAAAAGGAAUGUGCUUUAGAAGGAUAUUUUGUGGGAAGCUUGAAUGGAUUGUGUCUGCAUUUCAGUUUUUCACAUCUGGAAGAAGUUCAUGCUUCAAUUUUGUACGUUUUGGAGGAAUUUUCUGCCAGUAUGUUGUCAGGCUUUGUUAAUUUAAUAUGAACAGGUAUGGACAGGUGUGUUUGAAGGUCACAGAAUGUUGUUUGCAGAUUGGUGGGAUGGACACGAGAAAGUAAAAUAAGAAAAGAACUGUACUAUAGCGGAUAAACAUACCGUGUACACGCAAAGGUCGGCUCUUGUAGACUCACAAUGCAUUUGGUCCACUGUCUUGUUUUUUUUUAAGUGCAUUGAGAUGCUUUAAAAAAAAAAAAUCAAAAGUUGACUAACAAGUGAUGUUCAUUUAUAAAGUGAGAGAGAAAAAAGUAAGGAAAGUGACGUAGUGUGAUGGAGCAAUUUCUGUUCACACUGCAUCGCAGGUGUAAGCUUACAAUGGAAAUCAAGCGUUUCUGUCUCAUCGUGGUCGUCAUGGUGACCCUCACUCACUGAGCUGUGGUCACUUGUACAAUCACACAUACUGUGUAGCGAUGCAGUUUCCUGGGUGGUUGCUCUCAAUGAUGUGUAUUAAAGAGGAUAUAAGGCAUUUUGUGGAUAAAUGAUUCUUAUUUCUGAAUAGAGGUGGACGUUUUUUGUAGAUCUAAAAGCAGUUUUUAUUUUUGUUGGAUUUUAUAAAAAUGUAUAUUAGGGUCAAAAGACAGGAAAAUCACAGAGAAGAACCCCCUCCCCCUCCCCCAAAUUACAGACUUCUUAGUUGUAUAUUAAUAUCACAUUGUUUGCAAAGCACAUCUCAUUUGAUAAAGGCUCACCGUGUUUGAAAACAAGAAAUAACCCCGUAACUUAAAUGUGUGUCAAAUAUUGUUGAGUUACGCCGAAGAUCACCUAUUUAUAUUUUGUAUUUGUCAAAAAAAUUCACAGAAAAGAAAUUUAUUUGCAGUGUUCUUUCAAAGGGCCACGAGUCACAUGUGGUCUGACAGCCCCUGGGAGAGGUCAUAGGUCAAACUAAUGAGAUGGAAAAGAGACUUCAGCGUUAAUAAAAGUUCUUUCUUAAAAGUUUCCGAUGCAUUGAACCCUGAACUCUCCUUCACCGGCGCAUCUUAAAAAAUAUGAAGUCGUGAGCAUGAAGAACUGUACAGAUGUUUAUAUUCUAUUGUUUCCAAGUGCCAGUUUUUUUGUGGUGUCAUUUGGAUAUUAACUAACUCAUUCACGUGCAAGACGAGCGUACGGGACGGCGAGGGGAUCUGGAUGUUUAAGGCGAAAAAACAAAAAAAGAGUUGCAUCCCACUGUACAAGAACAUCAAGUUUGGUCACAUAGUAUAUAUUUUUACAACGCGUCGGGGUUUCGGGGCAGACGAGGCGAAGGGAGGCAGAGAAAUACAGAAUCACAAUGACACGUUUUUCUCUUGCUGGGUGAGACCGCACACGAAGCCCAGUGAACCUGAUUCUCCUUUCCAGCCUCUGUCUUUCAGAGAGACGCAAGGAGAACCCAAUCCAAGUUGUUGGCAUCACUCAUGCGUCAUCAAGGCGAAAUGGCAUGUGCCUGCAGUGAAGUCUGAUUUUUUUUCUUUUUUUUUUUUCCUUUGUGACGUAUGUGACUUUAUGAAGCUUGCAUAUUUUACACAGUGUUUACAAAGAUGUAUGUUGUGGUAAAAAUCAAUAAACUACAAAAAAAUAACUUAGUGUAUAGAUUUUAAUUUCAGAGGUUUCAAAAAAAAAAGAAAAAAGGAGAAAAAAAACCCGGCAUCCCCCUUUGUGUGUCCUCAGAAGUGUGUGCUUUCAUUGGACUCCUCACCGCACUUCACAGUCCCACAACCAAAGGAUUUGCAGUAUUUUGUGGACGCACAACACAUUGUAAAUUCACAGAAUGCAGAGCCGGGGCGCUGUGCUGUAAAAGAAGUGCGGGACACACAGAUGUACCUGUGUAGCUAGAACCGACUCAAGAAGUAAAGUAACUGUACUACUCAGUAGCAGAUGUGUUUGUACCUAUCAUGUGCCUUAAUCUUUUCCAUGGUAGAUAAAGAUAAGUGUCUUUUAUAUAACUUCAUUCCUCCCUUUCAUCUCUCCAUUCUGUCGGUUCACCUCUUCUACACACCCCCCCCCCCCCCCUCCCUUUUCACUCAUGCGUUCAUCCUGCAACCCCUCACCCUCCCAACCCCUCGUAGGAUAGACUGUUGGUGGGUUUCUGCAUUGUUUUACAUUGUAUUAUAAACUUUUAAACCGAUCGUCAUUCAAAAAAUGAUUUUAAUUUCCUAGAGGAGUGAAGUUCUUGACGCUUUGUUAGCGAGCAGAAGCGUCGCCACAGUGAGAAUGUACUGUGUUCAUUUUACUAAUACCCAGUGGCAGAUAUUACGCUUGUCAAACAUAACAGAAAAAUACCAGUUUGUAGAGUGUCCAUUUGGUGUGUUUUCAAUAAAUCAUGCCUGGAAUGACAUUUU